GCGAGACCGAGUCCUGCACGCCCGACAGGCGCCUCGGCUAGCGACUCCCCGGCCCGCGAGCACCGCGCGUCCUCCCCUCGGUUAUUUCUCUCCUUCUCUCUCUUACACACGCACAGACACACGCGCGCGCGCUCACACGCACAACCUCGCGCCAGUCCAUCCUCUGGAGGAGAAAACAUUUCCUUGGCGCCCCCUCCCUCUCCAUUCAGACCCGCCGAGGAGCCGCGCGGCGGGAACCCCCAGAUCGUCUGGAAAUGCUAAUCCUAAAGCGCUUCCUCGCCUGUAUUCAGCUCCUCUGUGUUUGCCGCCUGGAUUGGGUUUAUGGAUACUACAGACAACAGAGAAAACUUGUUGAAGAGAUUGGCUGGUCCUAUACAGGAGCAUUGAAUCAAAAAAAUUGGGGAAAGAAAUAUCCAACAUGUAAUAGCCCCAAACAGUCUCCUAUCAAUAUUGAUGAAGAUCUUACACAAGUAAAUGUGAAUCUUAAGAAACUUAAAUUUCAGGAUUGGGAUAAAACAUCUUUGGAAAACACAUUCAUUCAUAACACUGGGAAAACAGUGGAAAUUAAUCUCACUAAUGACUACCGUCUCAGUGGAGGGGUUUCAGAAACAGUGUUCAAAGCAAGCAAGAUAGCUUUUCACUGGGGAAAAUGCAAUAUGUCAUCUGAUGGAUCAGAACAUAGUUUAGAAGGGCAAAAAUUUCCACUAGAGAUGCAGAUCUACUGCUUUGAUGCAGACCGAUUUUCAAGUUUUGAAGAAGCAAUUAAAGGAAAAGGGAAGUUAAGAGCUUUAUCCAUUUUAUUUGAGGUUGGACUAGAAGAAAAUUUGGACUACAAAGCAAUUAUAGAUGGAGUGGAGAGGGUUAGUCGUUUUGGGAAACAGGCUGCGCUGGAUCCAUUCACAUUGCUAAACCUUCUGCCAAACUCAACGGACAAGUAUUACACUUACAACGGCUCCCUGACAUCGCCUCCCUGCACAGACACCGUUGACUGGAUUAUUUUUAAAGAUACAGUUAGCAUUUCUGAAAGCCAGUUGGCUGUUUUCUGUGAAGUUCUUACAAUGCAACAGUCUGGUUAUGUCAUGUUGAUGGACUACUUACAAAAUAAUUUUCGAGAACAACAGUACAAGUUCUCCAGGCAGGUGUUUUCCUCAUAUACUGGAAAGGAAGAGAUUCAUGAAGCAGUUUGUAGUUCAGAACCAGAAAAUGUUCAAGCUGACCCAGAGAAUUAUACUAGCCUUCUUGUUACAUGGGAGAGACCUCGAGUAGUUUAUGAUACCAUGAUCGAGAAGUUUGCCAUUCUGUACCAGCAGUUGGAGGGAGAAGACCAAACCAAGCAUGAGUUUUUGACAGAUGGCUAUCAAGAUUUGGGUGCUAUUCUUAAUAAUUUACUACCCAAUAUGAGUUAUGUUCUUCAAAUAGUAGCCAUAUGCACUAAUGGCUUAUAUGGAAAAUACAGUGACCAGCUGAUUGUGGACAUGCCUUCCGAUGACCCUGAACUUGACCUCUUUCCCGAAUUAAUUGGAACUGAAGAAAUAAUCAAGGAAGAAGAAGAGGGAAAGGACAUGGAAGGAGACACUGUUGUGAAUCCUGGUAGAGACGGUGCCACAAACCAGAUCAGGAGAAAGGAACCCCAGAUUUCUACCACAACAAAUUACAACCGAGUGGGGACCAAAUACAACGAGGCCAAGACUAACCGCUCCCCAGCAAGAGGAAGUGGGUUCUCUGGAAAGAGUGAUAUUCCCAACACGUCUUUAGAUUCCACUUCCCAGCCAGUCACUGAAUUAGACCCAGAAAAAGACGUUCUUUCGACUUCACGGACUGUGACCCAGCCUCCCCCUCUCACUCUGGCAGGCACUUCAGCCUCUUCAAGUGACGGCUCUAAAACCAUUCUCCGAUUUCCACAGAUGAACUUGUCCGGGACGGUGGAAUAUUCAGAUACAGUGUCUACGACGGAAUCGCAAGAGGUAUCUACUGAUAUCAGUGAGGAAGAGAGUUUAUUGACCAGUUUCAAGCUCGAUCCAGGAGCCGAUGAUUCUUCCGGCUCCAGUCCCGCAACUUCCGCUGUGCCAUUCGUCUCCGAGAACACAUCCCCUGGCAAGGUAUUAUUUCCUUCAGAAAACCCAGAGGCCGUCACAUACGAUGUCUUUAUCCCAGAAUCUGCGAGAAAUGCUUCAGAAGAUUCAGCCUCCUCAGGUUCGGAAGAAUCUCUCAAGGAUCCUUCCGUUGAUGGAAAUAUGUGGUUUCCUAGUACGACAGACGUGACGACGAUGCCCGAUGUCGGGUCAGGUAAAGAGAGCUUUCUCCAGACUAAUUCCACCGACGUGGAUAGUGACGAAUCUGAGAAGACAACAGAAUCCUCUCCUCCAGGCCCACUGCCGUCACAGGGCCCCUCGGUCUCAGAUGUGCGAAUGCCACAGUAUUCUACCUUUGCACACUUCCCCACUGAGGUGACACCUCACGCUUUUACUCCGUCCUCCGGACAACACCAUUCGGUCCCCACCGUCAACGUGGUACACGCGCAGACAACUCAACCUGUGUACAAUGGUGAGGCACCUCUCCAACCUUCCUACAGUAGUGAAGUCUUUCCUCUAGUCACCCCCUUGUUGCUUGACAACCAGACCCUCAACACUACCCCUGCUGCUUCAAGUAGUGAUUGGGCCUUGCAUGCUACACCUGUAUUUCCCAGUGUCGGUGUGUCCUUCGAAUCCAUCCUGUCUUCCUCUGAUGGUGCGCCUUUGCUCCCAUUUUCCUCCGCUUCCUCCAGUAGUGAAUUGCUUCACCGUGUGUAUACGAUCUCUCAGAUCCUUCCGCAAGUUACUGCAGCUCUUGAGAGCGAUCGGGGGUCCCUGCAUGUUUCUCUGCCGGUGGCUGGGGGUGAUUUGCUAUUAGAGCCCAGCCUUGCUCCGUAUUCUGAUGCCAUGUCGCAUCAGAUCACUACGCGUGCUGCUUCGGAGACCUUGGAAUUUGGUGCUAGCAAGCCUGCUGUCCUUUAUCAAACGCUUGUGUUUUCUCCAGCUGAAGCAUCCAGCAGUGAUGUCCUGAUGCAUGCACGUUCUUCAGGGCCUGAACCUUCUUAUGCCUUAACUAAUGAGGAGGGCUCCCAACACCUCUUCAGGGUUUCUGACAGUUCUGCGGUACCUGGGCGUGAUUCUGUUCAGGGUUCCUUAUCUAGCAGCCCUAGUCAACACCUACCGAUGCCCGAGUCUCCCUUAGUAACCCCAAGCGCAUCGUUGCUGCAGCCCACUCAGGGCCUCUCAGGUGACGGGGAGUGGUCUGGAGCCUCCUCUGAUAGUGAAUUUUUUGUGCCUGACACAGAUGGUCUGACAGCCCUUAAUAUGUCUUCACCCGUUUCUGUAGCUGAGUUUACAUAUCCAACCUCUAUGUCUGGGGACGAUAACAAGCUACUUUCUAAAAGUGACACCAUACACGGAGAGGAGACAGAACGCCACAUUUCUUCUUUCAGUGACCUGGUUUACCCCUCUGAAAGCACAGUCAUGCCUGACCUGUAUGACCAUGUAAAUACAUUGAAUGCCUCUUUACAAGAAUCCUCUGCUUCCACUUCUAGCCCAGAGGGCAUCCUCCCAGAGCUUCUUGCUUUAACUGCCACUAAGGUUUAUGAUCAUGAGAUUAGUCAAAUUCCAGAAAAUAACUUUCCGGUUCAGUCUUCACAUGCUGUAUUUCAAGCAUUUGGUGACACUUCGCUUAAAUCUGCGCUUAGUGCACACUCAGAGCCAGCAUCCUCUGACCCUACUUCUAGUGAAAUGUUAUCUCCUUCAACUCAGCUCUUAGUUUAUGAGCCCUCAGCUUCUUUUAGUACUGAAGUAUUGCUGCAACCUUCCUUUCAGGCUUCUCGUGUUGACUUGUUGCUUAAAACUGAUCUGCCAGCUCUGCCUAGUGACCCAAUAGUGGUUGAAACCCCCAAGGUUGAGCACAUUAGUUCUACAGUAUCACAUCUCGUGGCAUCCAAUGCCGCUUCAAGGGAAAAUACGCUGCACUCUCCAUCUGUGCCAAUCUCUGAUGUAUCACCUACUCCUAAUAUGCACGCUGCUUCACCUCAAGCUUUAACCAUUUCUUAUGCAAGUGAGAAAUAUUCUGAACCAGUUUUGCAUAAAAGCAAAAGUUCCCACCAAACAGUACCUUCAUUGUCCAGUAAUGAUGAGUUGUUCCCAACUGCCAAUUUGGAGCUUAACCAGGUCUUUCCUCCAGAAGGAAGGCAUGCAUUUGCGACUCCUGUUUUAUCAGUUGUACCACCAGAUAUGCUUAUAAGUAAGCUUGUUUAUUCUGAUGAAGUCUUCACCUCCACCAAGGGCCCUGUCACCGAUGAGGUACUGGCUGGUAUUCCUACAGUUGUUUCUGAUCCAGUUGUAACUGCUGAUCCUUCUGUCCCUUUAGGAAAUGUGUAUGUUUCCAUUUCAGCCAUUUCUCCAAACAAGGAUGGUUCUGUAACCACAACCGAGUUGCUGUUUCCUUCUAGAACAACUUCUGAGCCAAUUCAAAGUGCCCGAUCUGAUGCCAGUUUGGUGGGUGGUGGUGACGAUGGUGAUAUUGAUGAUUAUGGUGAUGAUGAUUAUGAUGACAGAGAUAAAGAUGGCUUAUCUAUCAAUCGGUGUAUGUCAUGCUUCUCCUAUAGAGAAUCACAGGAAAAGGUAAUGAAUGACUCAGACACCCAGCAGAACAGUUCUGUGGAUCAGAAUAACCCAAUCUCAUAUGCACUAUCUGAGAAUUCUGAAGAAGGGAAUAAAAUCACAGGUGUUAUAUCAGACAAUCAGACUGAUAUGGACAGAAGUCCUGAUAAAUCACCACCAACAAAUGUGCCAGCCCGGAAGCACAAUGAUGGAAAACAGGAAAAUGAUGUUCAGACUCACAAUGCCCUGCUUCCUUUCAGCCCAGAAUCUAAAGCUUGGGCAGUUCUUACAAGUGAUGAAGAGAGUGGAUCAGGGCAAGGUGCCUCAGAUAGCCUUAAUGAUAACGAGACUUCCACAGAUUUCAGUUUUCCUGAUAUUAAUGAAAAAGAUGGUGAUGGGGUACUGGAAACAGGUGACUCAGAAAUAACUCCUGGAUCCCCACAGUCCUCAACACCGACUAUUACUAGCGGGCAUUCAGAAGUGUUCAACAUUUCAGAGGCAGAGGCCAGUAAUAGUAGCCAUGAGUCUCGUAUUGGUCUAGCUGAGGGGCUGGAAUCCGAGAAGAAGGCAGUUAUACCCCUUGUGAUCGUGUCGGCCCUGACUUUUAUCUGUCUAGUGGUUCUUGUGGGUAUUCUCAUCUACUGGAGAAAAUGUUUCCAGACUGCACAUUUUUAUUUAGAGGACAGUACGUCCCCUCGAGUAAUAUCCACACCUCCAACACCUAUCUUUCCAAUUUCAGAUGAUGUUGGAUCAAUUCCAAUAAAGCACUUUCCAAAGCAUGUUGCAGACUUACAUGCAAGUAGUGGGUUUACUGAAGAAUUUGAGACACUGAAAGAGUUUUACCAGGAGGUACAGAGCUGUACUGUUGAUUUAGGUAUCACAGCAGACAGCUCCAAUCACCCCGACAAUAAGCACAAGAACCGAUACAUAAAUAUUGUUGCCUAUGAUCAUAGUAGGGUUAAACUCACACAACUUGCUGAGAAGGAUGGCAAACUGACUGAUUAUAUCAAUGCCAAUUAUGUUGAUGGCUACAACAGACCAAAAGCUUACAUUGCUGCCCAAGGCCCACUGAAAUCCACCGCUGAAGACUUCUGGAGAAUGAUAUGGGAGCAUAAUGUGGAAGUUAUUGUCAUGAUAACGAACCUUGUGGAGAAAGGAAGGAGAAAGUGUGACCAGUACUGGCCUGUGGAUGGGAGUGAAGAGUAUGGGAACUUUCUGGUCACUCAAAAGAGUAUUCAAGUGCUUGCUUAUUAUACUGUGAGGAAUUUUACUCUAAGAAACACAAAGAUCAAAAAGGGUUCCCAAAAAGGAAGACCCAGUGGGCGCGUGGUUACCCAGUACCACUACACUCAGUGGCCUGACAUGGGGGUGCCUGAGUACUCCCUGCCAGUGCUAACCUUUGUGAGAAAGGCCUCGCAUGCCAAGCGCCACGCAGUAGGGCCUGUUGUUGUCCACUGCAGUGCUGGAGUUGGAAGAACGGGCACGUACAUCGUGCUAGACAGUAUGCUGCAGCAAAUUCAACAUGAAGGAACCGUCAACGUAUUUGGCUUUUUAAAACACAUUCGUUCACAAAGAAAUUACUUGGUGCAAACUGAGGAACAGUAUGUCUUCAUUCAUGAUGCACUGGUCGAGGCCAUACUCAGUAAAGAAACUGAGGUCCCGGACAGCCACAUCCAUGCCUAUGUUAACGGGCUCCUCAUUCCUGGACCAACGGGCAAAACAAAGCUAGAGAAGCAAUUCAAGCUCUUGAGUCAAUCAAAUAUACAGCAGAGUGACUAUUCUACAGCCCUAAAGCAAUGCAACAGAGAAAAGAACAGAAUGUCUUCCAUCAUCCCUGUGGAAAGAUCCAGGGUUGGCAUUUCAUCCCUGAGUGGAGAAAGUGCAGACUACAUCAAUGCCUCCUACAUCAUGGGUUAUUAUCAGAGCAAUGAAUUCAUCAUCACCCAGCAUCCCCUUCUCCACACCAUCAAGGAUUUCUGGAGGAUGAUAUGGGACCAUAACGCCCAGCUGGUUGUUAUGCUUCCAGAUGGUCAAAACAUGGCAGAAGAUGAAUUUGUUUACUGGCCAAAUAAAGAUGAGCCUAUAAAUUGUGAGAGUUUUAAGGUCACUCUUAUGGCUGAGGAACACAAAUGUCUGUCUAAUGAGGAGAAACUUAUAAUGCAAGAUUUCAUCCUAGAAGCUACACAGGAUGACUAUGUACUUGAAGUGCGGCACUUUCAGUGCCCCAAAUGGCCAAAUCCAGACAGCCCCAUUAGUAAAACUUUUGAACUUAUAAGUAUUAUCAAAGAAGAAGCCGCCACCAGGGAUGGGCCCAUGAUUGUUCAUGAUGAGCACGGAGGAGUGACAGCUGGAACCUUCUGUGCUCUGACGACCCUGAUGCACCAACUCGAAAAAGAAAAUUCCGUGGAUGUGUACCAGGUAGCCAAGAUGAUCAAUUUGAUGAGGCCGGGAGUCUUUGCCGACAUUGAGCAGUAUCAGUUUCUCUACAAAGCAGUCCUCAGCCUUGUGAGCACAAGGCAGGAAGAGAACCCGUCCACCUCUCUGGACAGUAACGGCGCGGCAUUGGCUGAUGGAAAUAUAGCCGAGAGCUUAGAGUCUUUAGUUUGAUGUGGAAAGGGGUGAGAAGAGCCCACGUGUGAGCACUGCUUCCCUCUUUCUAAAAUUAGACUGGAAAAUCAGUUCCGUUAUGUUAUCUGUUUACUUCACAUCACCUGACAGUUACUACCAUGACAUAGGAUUCUGCUGCCAAAUUUACAUCAUUAACAAUGUGUGCCUUUUUUGCAAAACUUCUUGUAAUUCACUUAUUGUGUUUAAACUAAAAUGAUUGAAAUUUACAGUAUUUCUAAGAAUGAAAUUGUGGUAUCUUUUUUUCAUAUUGAUUUUAACAGAAAAUUUCAAUUUACAGAUACUAGGAAUUCCCAACUAGAAUUCCCAAACAGAAAACAUGUUUGUUUUUAGUGUCAAAUUUUUAGCUGUAUUUGUAGCAAUCAUCAAGUUUGCUAGAAAUAUAACUUUUAAUAUAGUAUACUGUAAAUAAAACACCCUGUUCCCUACGAUAUUCAACAUUUUACAACUGCAGUAUUCACCUAAUGUAGAAAUAAUCUAAUACUUACUGUAAAUACUGCUCUAGUGUCUCCAUGGACCAAAUUUAUAUUUAUAAUUGUAGAUUUUUAUAUUUUACUACUGAGUCAGUUUUCUAGUUCUGUGUAAUUGUUUAGUUUAAUGAUGCAGCUCAUUAUCUGGUCUUACUCUGUGAGUCUUCUUGAUAUUGUUUUGUGUUGUGAUUAACUGUUUUAGCAUGUAAUUUUAACUUUUAUGGAAAAUAAAAAUACAUUUGUUUUGAAGGAAGAUGUUUUUAUGAGAAUAACACCU